UCAUCUCAUGUCACCUCUGCUGGCGACAGUCGGAAAUUGUUGAGCGGAAUCGUUGACCAUAUAGGCCUCCGGGUCGAUGCGCACCUGCAGCACCACGUAACACCACCGGCCACGAUCAACCUAGGGAGGGAGGGAUGCACACGCAAACGAACCAGCAGACAUCACAUCGAGUACCGACUUGACUGACUCGGGGGAUGGAUGGGAAUUGUCCGUCCGUCCGUCCACUCACGAUGAGUGCCUCGGAGUAUGCUUUUGCGUAGUCGAGGGAUGGGGUGCAGAAGGUGAAGAACUGCCCGGGGAUGUGGCCCGGCAAAAUGCGGAUCUGGAUGUUGUCGGGGAUCUUGAGCAGCCGGUCCUUCACGAUGACCGGCACCGUCCUGCGCCGGGUGCCGUGGUAGGCAGGUAACCUACACACAACCAACCAAAAGCAGCCAAAAGAACCGAACGAUCCAUCCAUCCAUCCACCGAUGUAUCGGUGGUCAGUGAGUACCAUUCCUCUGACAUUUCCUUCUCAUCGGGCUGCAGCUUGAUGCCGACCCGGUACCAGCCUACCGGCGGCAUGUAGCACACCGACGAUGGGCCUCUGACGACGGACGGACGGAUGGGACGGGCGAACCACACACACACAAAAACAAACACAUCCAUACAGAAGAACAGACAGAGCGCGUGUGUGUGUGUUUGUCUGUGUGGCUGAGUGGUUCCUCCCUCCCUCCCUCUGGAUUGCCUGCCUCGCGUAAUAUUGGUUGGCAGGCUCCGUGUAGCACUUGGGGCAGAAGCACUUGUCGUAUCUGCAGAUUUAUCAAGGAAGCAGCGCACUCAUUGCAAACACACAUUCACUCAUCGAUCUCCAUCCACUGUGAGAGCAGUGAGCCGCCCACCUCUCGUCGAGCAACUCAGGGGAAACACCGAGCUGCCGCAU